CUCGGUACACCCUCUCCGUGUCUCGCGCUCCCUGUCUGUCUGUCUCCUUCGCAGAAACAAGCCGGAGGAUCAAAGCACCGAACUCACCUGUCCGCGCUCACCUGGCCGCGCGCCGCAGUCCCUCAGUGCGCGUGUUAGAGCCCCAGAGGAGUCCGGGGGGAGGAAGAGGAGGAGGAGGAAGAGGAGGAGGAGGAGGAAAGAGGCUCGGAGUUCUCAGGAGUUUUUUUCCCCAACAUGGAGCGGACUGGAAGUUUGCUGCUGGCCGCCGCUCUGCUGCUGGUUUCACUGGGAGCUCUGGGGACACGAGGAGACACCUUCAAAGCCUGCCUGGCUGGUCAGGCUCCAGACUGCACACUGGUCCAGUCCAAAGAGGACGACUUUGACUGGGAGCAGGGCGACGCCAGAGACCGGCCCAGCAGCUCAUGGAUCCCUGCAGGUUCGUCCUUCCUCUUCGUGAACACGUCCGGCCGCUACAGCGGUCAGUGUGCUCAGCUGCUGCUGCCGCCGCUCAGAGAGAACGACACACACUGCCUCAGCUUCCAGUUCUACCAGGUCGGGGGCCGAGAGGGGGCUGCACCCGCUACGCUCAAUAUCUACAUCAAAGAGAACAACAGCCCUCUGGGAAUUCCUAUCAGUAACUCAUCUGGCCCCGCCUACCACAUCUGGAAAGGGGUGGAGCUUGCCGUGUCCAUUUUCUGGCCAAAUUCCUACCAGGUUGUGUUUGAGGCGGUCAGCACCGGUCAGAGGGGAGUCCUGGCCAUCAGAGACAUCACUCUGCAGGGACAUCAGUGCAUGAGCACGCCGCAUCCUCUGCACAUCAAAGCCGUGGAGGUGAACGCGGGUCAGACGGCCACCUUUCAGUGCACGGUGAACGGGCAGCCGCAGGGGAACCCGCUGCUCUACCUGCAGGGCAUGGGAGGUCGGCUGGCCGUCGCUAAGGAAACCAAAGUGGUGAACUCCCGCCGCUAUGUGGCGGUCUUCGAUGUCAUGAACACCACCAAAGGGGAUACUGGACGCUACCGCUGCAUCGCCCAAUCCGAGCGCGGAGUGGGCGUAUCCUCCUACGCAGAACUGACGGUUAAACAACCCCCCGUACCCAUUGCUCCACCGCAGCUUACUGCAGUCGGCGCCACCUACCUUUGGAUCAAGCUUAACGCCAACUCCAUCAAUGGAGACGGACCCAUCAUCGAUAGAGAGGUGGAGUACCGCACCAUGUCCGGCAUGCUGAUCGACACCACGCCUGUGGAUAAGCCGGACCAUAAGAUCGGACACCUCGACCCAGACACAGAGUACGAGAUCAGCGUCCUGCUGACCCGGCCCCUGGAAGGAGGGACGGGAAACCCCGGGCCGCCCCUCAGAGCCAAAACCAAGUGCGCAGACCCAAUGCACGGCCCGCGGCGGCUCCAGGUCAGCGACGUUCAGUCCAAACAGGUGACGGUUCGGUGGGAACCGUUUGGAUAUAAUGUAACGCGCUGCCACAGCUACAACCUGACGGUGCAGUACCGCUACCGACCUGCAGGCGCCACCAGCAGGGAGGAGCAGGUGAGGGAGGAGGUGGUGUACGACACCCUCAGCCCGCUGCCGCAGCACACCGUCCGUAACCUUCCACCGUACACCAACGUCAGCCUGAAACUGGUUCUGAGUAACCCAGAGGGAUGUAAGGAGAGCGCGGAGCUGCUGGUGCUGACGGAUGAGGACGUUCCUGGAGGCGUUCCGUUGGACUCCAUCCUUGGUCGCAGCUAUGAGCAGCAGAUUAGUCUGAGCUGGAGGGAACCUCUCAACACUUAUGGCCUGAUCCGGCAGUACGAGAUUUCCUACAAAGCUCUGAGCUCCUUUGACACGGAGUUUGACCUGUCCAAUCAGAGCGGGAAGGUGUUCAAACCAGCCAAUGAGACCAGCCAUGUGUUUUCUGGCCUCUCACCUGGAUCCACCUACUCCUUCACAAUAAAAGCCUCAACCAUUAAAGGCUUCGGGCCCCCAGUCAUCACCCAGUUCACCACUAAGAUCUCAGCUCCUCUGAUGCCAGCCUACGAUCAGGAGUCGCCCCUGAACCAGACCGACUCCUCCGUCACGGUUCUGCUGAGGCCCGCCCAGAGCCGCGGCGCCCCCGUCAGUAAGUACCAGGUGGUGGUGGAGGAGGAGCGCCCCCGCAGGCUGAGGAGAGGAACAGCAGAGAUCCUUCGCUGCUAUCCGGUUCCCGUUCAUUUCCAGAACGCCUCGCUGCUCAACUCGCCGUAUUACUUCAGCGCCGAGCUGCCCAUGGCGGAGCUGAGGAGUCCUCUGCCCUUCUGUGUCGGUGAUAACAGGACCUACAGCGGUUACUGGAACGCUCCUCUGCUGCCUCACAAGAGUUACGGCAUCUACUACCAGGCUGUGAGCACGGCCAACGGGGAGACAAAGAUUGACUGUGUGAGAGUCGCAACAAAAGCCGCCAUAAUCGCCACGCAGCUCACCACGCCGUACCUGGGCGUCGCCCCGGCGGCUGGCGACAAGCAGCUGACAGGAGCUGCGACCAGGAAACCAGAACCAGAGCAGGAGAAGGAGACGGAUCACACUGUGAAGAUUGCUGGAUCCAUCGCUGGCGUCCUGCUCUUCAUCAUCAUCUUCCUGGGAAGCAUCCUGCUGAUGAACAAAAGAAGAAGAAAUUAUCACUCCUACACUUACUACCUGAAGUUGGCCAAGAAGAGGAAGGAAACGUUGAGCUCCAGACAGGAAAUGACUCUGAUGGUGAACACCUCCCAACACACAACCGUGGUGGACACACACACUCUGAACGGCCACAACAUGUCAUCUCCUUCCUCUUUUACCCUUAAGACCAACACCAUCAGCACCUCUGCACCGAACUCCUACUACCCAGAUCCAUUCGUACCCACAGCCAUCCUCGUGCCCAUUAAUGACGACAGCAGCCACACUAAGACCAGUGAAACCAGCAGCCUGGUCCAGUCCCACUACAAGCAGCGGGAGGCGGAGCGGGAGGCGCUGCCGUACCAGACGGGCCAGCUGCAUCCGGCCAUCCGGGUGGCCGACCUCCUGCAGCACAUCACCCAGAUGAAAUGUGCUGAAGGUUACGGGUUCAAGGAGGAGUAUGAGAGCUUCUUUGAGGGCCAGUCUGCUCCAUGGGACUCAGCCAAGAAGGACGAGAACCGCAUGAAGAACCGAUAUGGCAACAUCAUCGCCUACGAUCACUCCCGGGUUCGUCUGCAACCUCAGGAUGGAGACGGCGCCUCUGACUACAUCAAUGCCAACUACGUAGACGGUUACCACCGACCCAAUCACUACAUCGCCACUCAAGGGCCCAUGCAGGAGACGGUCUAUGACUUCUGGAGGAUGGUGUGGCAGGAGAACACGGCGGCCAUAGUGAUGGUUACCAACCUGGUGGAGGUGGGCCGGGUGAAGUGCUGUAAGUACUGGCCUGAUGACACCGAGAUCUACGGCGACAUGAAGGUGACGCUGAUCGAGACCCAGCUGCUGUCGGAGUACGUGAUCCGGACAUUCGCAGUGGAGAAGAGGGGCGUGGCCGAGAUCAGGGAGAUCCGUCAGUUCCACUUCACCGGCUGGCCCGACCACGGCGUCCCGCUUCACGCCACCGGACUCCUGGGCUUCAUCCGUUGUGUCAAGGCCAAGACUCCGCCCACCGCCGGCCCCACCGUGGUCCACUGCAGGUCUGCCCCCUCUGACCAGGGGUUGGUUGGAUUCGCUGCCUUACCUGACCCAGGUGUGUGUUUGUUCUGCAGCGCGGGGGCGGGGCGGACGGGCUGCUUCAUCGUCAUCGACAUCAUGCUGGACAUGGCGGACAGAGAAGGCGUGGUCGACAUCUACAACUGUGUGAGAGAGCUGAGAGCGCGGCGGGUCAACAUGGUCCAAACGGAGGAGCAGUACGUCUUCAUACAUGACGCCAUCUUGGAGGCGUGUCUCUGCGGCAACACGGCCGUCCCAGCCAAUCAGCUGCGCUCCGUUUACUAUGAGAUGAACCGACUGGACCCCCAGACCAACUCCUGCCAGAUCAAAGAGGAGUUCAGGACCCUCAACAUGGUGACGCCCACCCUGCGUGUUGAGGACUGCAGCAUCGCCCUGUUGCCUAGAAACCACGAGAAGAACCGCUGCAUGGACGUCCUGCCGCCGGACCGCUGCCUGCCCUUCCUCAUCACCAUCGACGGAGAGAGCUCCAACUACAUCAACGCCGCGCUCAUGGACAGCUACAAGCAGCCGUCGGCCUUCAUCGUUACCCAGCAUCCUUUGCCCAACACGGUGAAGGACUUCUGGCGCCUGGUCCUGGACUACCACUGCACCUCCAUCGUGAUGCUGAACGACGUGGACCCUGCUCAGCUGUGUCCUCAGUACUGGCCAGAGAACGGCCUCCACCGCCUCGGCUCCCUGCAGGUGGAGUUUGUUUCUGCUGACCUAGAGGAGGACGUCAUCAGCCGCAUCUUCAGGAUCUACAACACAGCCAGGCCGCAAGACGGGUUCCGCAUGGUGCAGCAAUUCCAGUUCCUGGGCUGGCCCAUGUACCGCGACACGCCCGUCUCCAAGCUCUCCUUCCUCAAACUGGUCCAUCAGGUGGACAAGUGGCAGGACGAGUACGACGGCGGCGAGGGACGCACCGUGGUCCACUGCCUGAAUGGCGGUGGUCGCAGCGGCGUCUUCUGCAGCGUCAGCAUCGUGUGUGAGAUGCUGCGGCAGCAGCGCUGCGUUGAUGUCUUCCACGCCGUGAAGACGCUCAGGAACAACAAACCAAACAUGGUGGACCUGCUGGAACAGUAUAAAUUCUGUUAUGAAGUUGCUCUGGAGUACCUGAAUUCAGCUUAGCUUGGAGCAGAGCGUCCAGGCCCAGAGCAUGACGGUGCCACUACUGACUGAAGGUUUUUGCACUGCCUGGUUAAACUGGAGCGUCUGGCGGCGAGGACGGCGCCGCUGAUGGACAUCCAGCGUUUCUCACCUUGUGUCUCUUUGUUGUCUUGUUUUUUAUUGUGUUGUAAAUCUGAUGAGUUGAAACUUAAAAGACGAAGAAGACCUCAGACUUUGUCCAGCCUGGUGAGUGGGGCAAUAAGGAUCCAGAUGGACCGGAGUCUGGUACCGCUGAUGGAGCAGCUAACCGCUAACAUUAAGCAGCAGUGGUUGAGAAGCUGCUGACGGACACUAAACACGGAGACUUCAGGUCUUCACGGGGUUCAUCAUCAUCCUCAAUAAUCUAAAUUUCCUGUUCUACUCUAAGUCUCCCAAACAACAGACAGUUUUUGUUGUUUUCUUGAGCUUUAAGAAGAAAUUCUUCUUUUAAAUUUUUAUUCACAUCAACCUUGAAAAGCUGCAGCAGAACCAAACGACGGGACCUGUUUAGUUUCUUUGAAAUGAUCCGUUCCGUGCGGCGUGGACCUGCGGAUUGGUUCACUGCAGACAUGAUGGAUUCAUCUUUUCCAGCAGGAUUUGUCUGCUUCUCUUCUUAUUUAUCAAAGGAAAAAAGUUUCCAAAGAUUUCAGUUUCUCUGAUUUUAUCAUUUAUCUAAGGCCUGAUGUCAGAUUUUUGUUCAUGAUCACCUGCCACUUUGUUACCAUGGAAACCAAUAGAAAUCGUCUGCCUGUAAUUGGACCUUUUUUAUACUGUAAAUGAUUUAAAGCUGCAUAGUCAUGUUAUAUACCCAACCAUCGCAUCACGAUGUAAUACGGUGCUGAACAACGUGCAGAUAAUCCAUUUUGAGCCCAAAUAGAAUUCCUGCAACAAGCUUGAUGAGCUGAAAUUAAUAGACGCUGCGCCAUCUGCUGGCAGUACCACCGAACUACCAGCCAUACAGCGACAAUUGAUGCAGCAAUGUCCUGUGAUGUCUGAGUGUAAAACAGAAGAACUUUAUUAAAUAAACUGAUCGACAGCGUCUCCAGGUUCUAGACAGAACAGCCAAAGUCAGCCAAACUGGGAAAGAGCAUCAAAGUCUUUACUGGGAGUUACUAACAGCUUAGCUGCUGUAGCCUGCUCCAUUUUUACCCCCUUGUUCUUCAUCGUUCCUUCUCUGUUACUGUAAAUAUAAGAAACUAAGCAGCGGGACCAAGUAUUCGUUCAGUGAUCUCACCAGCAUGUAGAUUUAAAAAUAUAGAACGGGACUAUGCACCUUCAACACUUUGGUGUGAUACGGUAACAAAAGAUGCUAAUAUACUUUAUUACUGGUCUGGUCAACACCAGUUCGACUUGGUCAUAGCAGGCUUAAACCAGUUUAAAUCAGGAUUAAACCAGUUUAAACCAGGCCUUAAAAAGGUCAAUUUAGCAUCUUAACCAGUUUGUAAUGGUUGCAUCAGGCUCUAAACCGGUUUAUAAUGGUCGCAUCAGGCUCUAAACCGGUUUAUACUGGUCGCAUCAGGCUCUAAACCGGUUUAUACUGGUCGCAUCAGGCUCUAAACCAGUUUAUAAUGGUCGCAUCAGGCUCUAAACCGGUUUAUACUGGUCGCAUCAGGCUGUGAACCUGUUUGAUACUGGUUGCAUCAGGCUCUAAACUGGUUUGAUACUGGUCACAUCAGGCUCUAAACUGGUUUGAUACUGGUCACAUCAGGCUCUAAACCGGUUUAUACUGGUCUAAUCAGGCUCUAAACCAGUUUAUACUGGUCGCAUCAGGCUCUAAACCAGUUUAUAAUGGUCGCAUCAGGCUCUAAACCGGUUUAUACUGGUCGCAUCAGGCUGUGAACCUGUUUGAUACUGGUUGCAUCAGGCUCUAAACUGGUUUGAUACUGGUCACAUCAGGCUCUAAACUGGUUUGAUACUGGUCACAUCAGGCUCUAAACCGGGUUAUACUGGUCGCAUCAGGCUCUAAACCGGUUUAUACUGGUCGCAUCAGGCUCUAAACCAGUUUAUAAUGGUCGCAUCAGGCUCUAAACCGGUUUAUACUGGUCGCAUCAGGCUGUGAACCUGUUUGAUACUGGUUGCAUCAGGCUCUAAACUGGUUUGAUACUGGUCACAUCAGGCUCUAAACUGGUUUGAUACUGGUCACAUCAGGCUCUAAACCGGUUUAUACUGGUCUAAUCAGGCUCUAAACCAGUUUAUACUGGUCGCAUCAGGCUGUGAACCGGUUUAUACUGGUCGCAUCAGGCUCUAAACCGGUUUAUACUGGUCGCAUCAGGCUGUGAACCGGUUUAUACUGGUCGCAUCAGGCUCUAAACCAGUUUAUACUGGUCGCAUCAGGCUCUAAACCGGUUUAUACUGGUCUAAUCAGGCUCUAAACCAGUUUAUACUGGUCGCAUCAGGCUCUAAACCGGUUUAUACUGGUCGCAUCAG